GAAACUUAGGCACUAGCGCAGAGUACAUCCAGACAUGGCUAUAGGGAAAAGUUUGCCUUGUGGCACACUGGAUAUGUCUCUCUAUCCUCUCUCCUCCCCCAGCAGGCAUGAAGACCCCCAACGCACAGGAAGCCGAAGGGCAACAAACCAGGGCAGCUGGAGGACGGGCCACUGGGUCUGCAAACAUGACAAAGAAAAAAGUCUCCCAAAAGAAGCAGAGAGGCAGACCUUCAUCCCAGCCCCGCAGGAACAUCGUGGGUUGCAGAAUUUCUCAUGGAUGGAAGGAAGGAGAUGAGCCCAUCACCCAGUGGAAAGGAACCGUUCUGGAUCAGGUGCCUAUAAAUCCCUCUCUUUAUCUGGUGAAAUAUGAUAGAAUUGACUGUGUCUAUGGACUGGAACUUCACAGAGAUGAAAGGGUUUUGUCUCUUAAAAUUCUUUCUGACAGGGUGGCAUCAUCUCACGUUAGUGAUGCCAACCUUGCAAAUACCAUAAUUGGCAAAGCAGUGGAACACAUGUUUGAGGGAGAGCAUGGUUCUAAGGAUGAAUGGAGGGGGAUGGUCUUAACUCAAGCACCUAUCAUGAAAGCCUGGUUUUAUAUUACCUAUGAGAAAGAUCCUGUCUUGUACAUGUACCAGCUUCUAGAUGAUUAUAAGGAAGGUGACCUCCGCAUCAUGCCAGAAUCCAGUGAGUCUCCUCCAACAGAGAGGGAGCCAGGAGGAGUUGUAGAUGGCCUAAUAGGUAAGCAUGUGGAAUAUACCAAAGAAGAUGGCUCCAAAAGGAUUGGCAUGGUCAUUCACCAAGUGGAAGCCAAACCCUCUGUGUAUUUCAUCAAGUUUGAUGAUGAUUUCCAUAUCUAUGUCUAUGAUUUGGUGAAAAAGUCCUAACUGUUAGGGUAAAAUUUGGCACAUGUAUGGAAACAAAUGAACAAUUUGUAGACAUGCAAAAAAUGUUGCCUUUCAGUGUAUUGAAAGCUUAUGGAAUCCCUGAUAACCCAACAUCUUUGCCAGCAUUAACUAUUGUUUUGCUCUAAAAAAUACAAAUUUGUGUGUACAUGACAUGCUGUGUGUAAGCUCUUUGUCUUGUUGAAAAGUUCAGGUGUGUUUGGUAGAUGGGGCAUGAAAGGAAUGAACAGCUGUCAAUUUCGGCUGUGAAUAAAGUUCAGCUAGAAUCAUAAUCAGUCAUUUAAAAAUAGCACUGGAUUUAGCUGGUCUGGUCUGGAGGGGGCAGGGGAAGGAACAAGAGAUUGGCUGUCUUGGGGAGAGAGGAGGAGGUGACUGCUUAGGAAGAGGUAGAAAAGGCCCAGAAAGGGAGGGGCUCCUUGGGGGAGGGGAUGACCUAUGAGAAGGAAACAUCCAACUGGGAAGGGAGUGAAGACUAACAGA